CUCACAGGUAAUGACACCCGGUUGUGGAAUCUCUCCUUGAGGCGGAUUGCAGGAGUAUUGCACCAUCUCGAGUAACUGACACUCUUUCAGAUUCACGGCCGGACCUUUGCGGCGCUUGUCUUGAAAGUUGCGCUGGACGGUGUUGACAUGGUCGGGAAGAGUCUCUGCUGAGAACGUGGGGACUAGAGGGGCCAUAUCUCGUCGGAUUGGGGUCGGAGAAACCACUUUCUGCGCCGUCGAGGGGAUCUCGGAGUUGUUGCGGAGUCGGAACGGGGAGAUUCCAAGUCGUGAAGUUGAAGUUCCCCCCAAAACUCUCCGGCCGGGGAGGCUUCCGUUCUCCGAACUACUCCAAUUACAACUGUUCGUUUCGAACGGUCGCUGCACGCCAACGCCUCUCGCAUGAAGAUCUAAUGCAGCUGUACUUGUGGAGAGCUGCAUGCGUCUGAUACCGCUAGGCAUGACGGCUUGUUAAAAACUGCAGGCUGUUGACCGUCAUGGCCGCCAGUUUGGGUGCGACCUCGCUGGCUGAGGUGCAUCACCAAGGAUUUGACCAGCUUUUGAAUGAACUGGCUACUGUAUAUCCUACAGGUCUUGACCAACAGCCGCCGCCACUGGGUGUCCCUGUCAUUGAUGCGUUGCUGGAAGUCUUCAUGCAGCGACUACCGGGCACGGCAAUUGAGAAGGAACGACCGGUAUACAAUAACGAGCCACCAGAGCAUAUGAUUGCAGAAGAUGAGGAGAUGAUUUUGCAAUGCGACGCUCAGGACGAUCCGACUGCUGCUUACGGGGAAGUCCCUGCUCAAGUAGGUCCUGAGCCAUCAUCCAAUGUCCUCUUUUCGAGCUCGGCCCCCAGAAACAAGCGCCCUAGUCCAGUCGUAGAGGUUUCUAGCAGCCUUUCUGGUGCUGGCAAAACACAGUUACUAUAUUACAUGACUGCGCGUGCCAUCCUGCCCAGAACUUAUGGCGGCGUCUCUAUCGGAGGACUCGAUGCAGCUGUCGUCUGGAUGGACGCCGAUGACCGGUUCGAUGUCAACAGACUACGAAAUGUGGCCAUAGGGAUUCUACGACGAGCACGAGAAUCAGCGGAUGACGAGACAUUGGAUCAGGACACUGGACUCAUUUCAGAUGCACAGCUGACGGAGAUCAUGUCAUCCGUCCUCCAGCACGUCCAUGUCUUUCGCCCGCAAUCAUCCUCAGCUCUUCUUGCCACGCUGUGUACCCUGGACGACUAUCUUUAUGACCUGUCUCGGCAUCAUUCUGCCUCACGGCCGCUGCACAUGCUAGUCAUCGACAGUGCCACUGCAUUCUUCUGGCAAGACAAAUUACGGGACGAAGUGGCUCGCACUGAAGAGAUCGGGCGUCCUCGACCAGAGUUUGAUCAGAAGCGGGAGAUGAAACAAAUCUUCCACCUCUCUGAUCUGUACGCCCAGAUAGUCAACGAGUUGAAGCGCCUGCAAGGUCGAUUCGGAUGCGCCGUGGUUUAUACAACAACCGUCUCCAGUGGUCGUCCGCCUGCUUCAAAUACCGGCGGCCAAUCUGGUCCUCUUGGUCCGUAUGAUCGCCCGCCGUCUCAGACACCAUCCCUGCGACCUGCAUUGCCAGCUCCAUGGGGCACAUUCCCGGUUCUCCGUUUGGUGGUUCACAGGGACGUGGUCCGCCCGUUCCCACCAGCUAUGAGUGCACAUGAUGCCCGAAGGGAUGCCCCCAUGCGACAGCGUGUUGUCGCCCAAGGCAAGUUCUCAGCCUGGGUCAAUGCAUGGGGCCGUGAGGAGUGGCCUCGUCGAGUGGUGGAUGGUGUCAACUGGUAUAACGGCGGGUGCUUUUCGUUCUACGCACGAGCGGAUGGAGUUGAAAUCCCAUUGCCAGACAACUGAACCGCUUCCCUUAAUCCUAUAUGAUGUUUUUGAAAACUCAAGGCUAUCUAUCUAUUGUCAUCAGACAUCAGCCAAAAAGCUUGCUGAUCGCCUCGACGGUGGUAUUACCACCGCUGAAGACAAUGGCCAUAUCCCAUCCCUGAUCUCCACCUUCCCGUUCGACCAGUCGACGGAAAUCUUCAUCGAACAGGCACACGGCCAGACCGACAACGGCGCUUGGCUCGACAAACACCUUCAUGCGUUCUAAAACCAGGCGCAUAGUUGCCUUGAUCUGCUCCUCGGUGACUGCAUACACCCCCUCAACCUUCUUCUUGUUGGAGAUUACCUCCCAAUUCAACACUCCCACCGGUGUACGCAGACCGUCUCCAAUAGUCAGCGUUGACACUGCCUCGACACGUUUGCCAGCCAAUAAUCCCCGACGACAGUCAUCCGCACCCUCGAAGCUGGGCUCCGCCCCAAACACCUUGGUCUUCUUAUCUGAGAAGUAUGUUGCGACGCCAGCAUUCAGUCCACCUCCUCCAAUCGGAGUGAUGACCGCAUCUAGAGUCUUGGAACCAGCUUGCUCUGCAUAUUGAGCUUCCAGCUCCAACGCCGUUGUUCCCUGUCCACAGAUAAUAUUGAAGUCAUCAUAUGGAGGAACGAGGAUAGCAUUCGUUUUCGCCUGGAUUUCUUCGACCAUCGCUUCACGCUCAACACUCGUUGAUCCACUGAAAAUGACCUCUGCGCCAUGGGAGCGUGUUCCCGCGAUCUUGGACGACGUGCUGAUACUCGGCAUCACGAUGUAAGCUGGAACGUGGAGUGUCGAUGCGGCGAGGGCGAGCGCUUGCGCAUGGUUACCUAGAAGAAAAUUCACUAUUAGUCAAUCUCUCAAUCCCAUAACUAACUCUCUAUCAUCAUUUGUGGCCAAUUCCAUACCAGAACUGUGUGUUAUCACCCCACGCCGCUUCACCUCCUCUUCCCCGCGCUCCUCAAUCAACCGCAGCAACGCAUGGAAUGCACCCCGGGCCUUGAAAGCGCCAAUCCGUUGUAGAUUCUCACACUUGAAGAAGAAGCGAAACUUGGGUUGCGCGGGUGUCUGGCCCUCGAAUGGCGUGCCGACAAGGCUCUCUGGUGUCUGCGGGGUGGAUGCGAUCGUGUCGAGGGUUUUGCAGGUCAGAAGCGGGGUGCGAUGCACGUAGGGUUGGAUCAGCGUGUAUGCGGCCUGGACGGCGGAGGGAGUGAGCGAUUGGGCUUGUUCUGCAGGAGAUGCCAUGAUGAUCGAUCGUAUUUGGUUGUGAUGAGGAGGGAG